AAAAAAGUUCGGACAUUUCCCUUUUUUAAAAGAGAUGAUUGUGGAAAGAGUUCCUGAUUGUCCCUGAAGGCAGCAAAGGUAAGCCCUGCCCUCCUAGCCGGCUGCUGUAGCGGUGCGUUCAUGCGACUUUUUCCGGAGUGUUUGAAAGUUGUCAACAGAGAAGCAGAAGAAGGAGCAGGAGAUCAGCGGCUUUAACGGGACUGCGGAGCUCGGAGGAGGAGGAAUGGGCUGCACUCAGAGCAAGAAGAAAAGCAAAGGCAAGAAAGGAGAGAAGACUCAGAAGGCGAACAUCCGCCAGGAUGAUGAAGGUAAACGUGCGUCAGGUGAGCCGGACGUCUGUCUGGAGAAGCAGUUGGAGCGGUUUGAGUGGCAGCUGAGGAUUUUAAGGGAGGCCAAUGGGAACCCAGAGAGGGUGGAGUUACUGAAAGACCAUGGUGAUGAAGAACUGUGUGGCCUCGUACUGAGCAUCCUCGAUAAGGUGAAAACGGAGACGACGGCCGAUUUGAACAUCCUGCAUGAACAGAAGAGUAAAUCUGCUACUGAGGAGCACGAGAGGCACGUGGAAGAGCUGCAGAGGAGAAACGAGCACGAGAAAAAUCAACUGACAGAAAAGUUUCAGGCGGCUGAAAACGUUCUCAAGGCUAAAGUGGACGAGCUGAAGGCAGAGCUGCAGGUUUACAACGAGCUGAAGAGACGAGUCGAAGAAUCGAUGUUUAAGAAGGACCUGCAGAGGAAUAUACAGGCUCACGGGAGCCCAGGUGCAUUCUGGGAGUCUGAGCAGGAGUCCCUGGUGUUUGUGAUUGAGAUGAAGAGUGAGCGCGUGCAGGAGCAGAACAGGAAGCUGCAGCAGAUGGACACGCUGGUGGAGAAGAAUUUGGCUUUGGAGGACCAGAUCGUUCACACCAUGCAGCAGAACGAGGACCUGAGGGUCCGGAUAGACAACUGCCAGACUCUCAUUCAGCAGCUAUCAAAGGAGCAGCAAGACCUGAAGGUGGCGCUGGAGAGGCAGGUAGCAUCCAACCAGAAGCUUUCUCAGGAAAAAGAGCAGCUGAUGUUCAAGCUGAGACACAGGGACUCAAGCCCGCCCAUCCACCUGCCCACCGUGAUGCCGGAGGUCACGCCAAGAUGACCGACUGAGAGUCUGACCCUGGAUCUUUUUCCGACUAGCAGCCCGUCUGGUUUCAUUAACUGAGCAAAAGAGUCAAACAGCAAGAGUGGCCAACCCUCCGAGUUCACGUUAGAGACUCUGGAGCUCUGACUCUGCCUACAUUAAUGCUGAUCAACGAGAACAUCAGUUUCACUGCAGCCAGCGGAUCUUCUGCAGUCGAUGAGGUUUACUGAACAACUCUGGAUCCUCUGAGAUCACAGAAAGCUUUGAGGGUUUACCGCUGUAUGCACAAACUGUUUGGAGCCAGAGAGACAUGUUUAUUUUUGUUUUUCUGGCAUUUUCUAAUGACGAUCAUCGGUUUGAUGGCGGUUUAAAUGCUACAGAAAGCAUGAAACUGAGAUACUAGGAACAGAGUUUUAUUUUAUUGCAGAGCAAAAACGGACUGAUGAGCGUGGCAGCACAGAAAUGCUCGUUCUGUCCGUAACAUCACGUUAUCAGUUAACUUCACUCCACUACUUGACUCAAUCUUGAGUUCAAGUCCAAGAACUCCUGGUGGCGCCAUAAAACCUGCAUCAUAUGCUGCGAUGCUUCGUCAGGUGUGCCUUUUCAGGUCUAGGCCUUCAGCUAUUAAUGACUUUCCUUUUUGAAUUAAACCUUCAGCCCAUUAUCAGUCUAGAAUUUAUUUCAUAAAUUACAUCCAAUAACAGGCAAUUUUCGUGUGACAAAAGCCAUAAAACUUGACUAAUUUGGUUUCUUUUGCUGACUAACUGUUACUCCAGUCACUGUAUCCGUAGGUAUUACGGUUCUGGAAAUUCCAAAUGCCAAUGCCAAAGUGCCUCCCAUCAGGACGCCGAAGUGCUGAUCAAAGAUCUCAUGAGCGUCUUUGCUGAAGUUGGAGCCUUGCUGAGUUGAACAGUAUUUGAUGCACGUGAAGUAGCUGAAGGUUCAAACGUAUUAAACUUUCUCCAAGGACUCUGCUGGGAACCAAGUUUGUUGAUGGUACCAGAAAGUCUGAGACCUCUGAGGUUUCAAGGGUUGUAACAAAGGCCUGUUUUACUUGGAUGGUUUAUGCAUUUGAUGAGCUUCCUGAGGAUCCUCAAGAAAAAAUAUGACUAUAGUACUUGAUAGCUUUCCAGUUUAUUAGUGUUUUAGCGUUUACCUUUGUGCCUUUUCUAACUGCAGGGACUGUUUUUCCACUUCUUUUAUUUCCAACUUGCUCCUUUCACUAAUAGUCCACAAAAUUUAAAAACAAACAGGGAUAUCUCUAGAAACAACAGACCUGCUGGCUCUGUCUGGAAUUAUUUUUUUCUUUUCACGUAAAUCACCCCAGUUUCUACUGGUAACUUUCGGCUGUGGGUUAUUUUUCACGAGGUAGUAUUUUAUAACACCAGUAGUAAACAUAAAAGUGAGCAGAGGUUUAAACCCUGAAAGGACUAGUACAGUUAUCGAUGUAGGGUGGAGCAAUGGAAAUAGAAAGGUAAAUACUGACACCAGUUCACACCUACCCUGUGCUGGAACAGUGCUUAGUGCUUUGUAGGGAAGUCUUUCAGGUUUUUCUCUCAUUACAAACUUCUGCUUGAAGGUUCAGAUCUUUAUUUUUUUUAUUUUUUUUUACUGUAGUUGGUUCUCUCAGUUCUUUCCAAGCACUUCUAUUUUUUUUGAUGUUCAAUUGAGAUCACACUUUUCAUUGUACAGCAUCAGUAAUUGAGUAUUUAGGAGCCAAAAAACAAACUGCAUUAAAGGUUAUUAAAGCAUUAAAUGGGCUUUCAGAUCAACAGCCAUAGUUUUAUUCGUUAAAAAAAAAAAUUACACGCUAUAUAUGGCACACUAACAAUAUCUCAUGCUAUUGUCUUUUGGUUGGAAAGCGUUGCAAUAAUAUUAAGAUAUGUUAGCUGAAUGUUAAAACCUAGCACCAGAGCUUCAGUGAACACCUCUGUAAGAGCUAUCAGUGCUGGUUGUUAUUGUCAAUUAGGGAUUAGCAGUAAAUUAUUAGCAUGUUAGUCGUGUGUUUACCCGUUAGUAUAUUAAUAUCCCCAGGAAAAAAGGUACAUGUCAGAGUGCUAGCACACAAUACUUAAUAAAACACACAUUCAUAUCUUAACCUUAGCAAGCAGAAUGGUUUAAAGGGUGAGGUUUUUUUUUUUCUUGUUUUUUUUUUUUUCAACCAACUGUUGGUUCAAAACUACAUUAACAGGGAUGCUAACAGUUAGAAAAUAUCUGGCGCGAGGUCGCACCAGACUCUGCUCUAUUAGUCCGUGAGCUAUUGUGGCAGGUAGGCUAACUGCUAACAUGUUGGCUGGCUCCAGUAAUUAGCUGUGUAGGCUUAGCCAGAUUGUUCUGGUUGUGUUCAUAAUAUAUUAGAGUGAGCAUGGUUAUCAUGUUCUUGAUAUAUUUACUGCUUUUAUAUAACCAUUUUAUCAUGUGUAUUUGUUAAAGCAGUUUAACCACAGAACAUCAGUACUUUUCCUUUCUACAUCUCUUUGUUAGUCAGUUAAUCUAUCCUUUUAGCUGUGUUAUCUAACUGGUAAUAUGCAAGCUAGCCACAGUAGCUCACAAAUAUUAGCAGACAGGCUGUUUGGGUGUUUAUUGUUUUAAGUUAUUCAGUGAUGUGAUGUAAACAUUGAGCUAAAUUCUGCGACCACUUAAAAUAGUUAUCUAAAUCACAUAAAUCUGAAGUGUCCUUUUCCAUGCAUCUUUGUGAAGCUGUUAGUCAUUUAGCAGACAACGAAAUGCUAACAUGCUGGCAUCCGCCAUUUUGCAGGAUUCCUAAAAUGUCUAUUUCAGUAACAGGCACAUUUAAAGCUUGAAAAGUUUAAUUUUCACAAGUAAAUACUUAAGAACAGUCACAGAAAUCUAAUCACUGCAUACAGUCUUUGUUGAUGAUAGUUGAUGAAUUUUUUUUUCCUUUGUAAGAUUUGAAAAAUAUUGUUAU